AUGGCUAAUCAACCACCACCAUCUGGGUUUCCAGUCCCGCCUGGCUUGCCGCCUUGGUUGAUCCCGCCAGGAUAUCCUCCAAAUCCCAAUUAUCCUACACAAACCCCUCAACAACCAGCCCAAAAUCCUAACGAUAUGUCAAAUUUCAACGCAUGGUUACCUAUGAUGGCACCAGGCGCUGUUGGUGAACACACUUUAUUCUACCCUCCCCCCUUUCAUAUCCAGAAUCACUUGAACUCUGCACAAUUCAACCCUUUCUUGCCUCCUCUUCCCUUCCCACCCACCCAGAAUUUUAACCCAUCUGCAACAGCAUUUCGACCAGCUGAAACUGUGCAAGACAAGGGUAAAUCCAAAGCGCAACGGAAGCGUCAUCAUCAAAAACUUAAUGCGCCGAGCCCCAACCCCUCGGACCCUAAUAUCGAAGAAGGCGAAGUGAUUGAAGAGAAAGGUACUGCAUCAAAAAGUGAGGCUAAGACGAAGGAUUUCAUUGAAUCGUCUCCUAAUCAUCACUCGCUCCCUGCCCGUCCACUGGACCGACAGGUGGUUGAUAAGGGUGCCAAAGAUCACAAUCUGUCUUCUCGUCAUUCUGACCAGGAAGAGGGUGAGUGUUUUUCGCAAAGCUCACCUUCUAACGGCAAGAUGAGUGAAUCGCCAUAUAAUCCACCCUCGUCCGUUUCUGCAAACACCAGUCCCCCAGAAGCGACGGAUGUCGUCCCGUUUGGUACUCCAGAAUAUGAUCAUGCUUUUCAUGUUAGAGUUCAGGCGAAGGGCGCUUUGCUUAGUUUAUACCCUCACGGAAUUCGCUAUGAUGAAAUGGUUGGCGAAGGCGUCGAUGCUACCAUCUUGGCUCGUCUUUAUGCGGAUGUUGGUCUGAAAAUAACCCCGCCACAGGCCAAGAAAAUAUACACAACCACAGAAACCGGCAAGCCAUCCGAUAACCAGUCGUCUGUUGUUAUCCCUCACCAGAAUCAAUUUUCAAAUCAGCAAGCUCAAACACAUUCCCCUGCCACAUCCACCAAAGCCCCGAACAAGCCAACCCCUGUUGCACCUCAUCCUGUUGAAUCUGUCGCAGCGCCUCAAACUGAUUCAGGAAAGCCCAUGGAGCGAAAGGACUUCAUUGCCAAAAUGCUAGCCGCCAAUGCUGCCAAGGCUUUAGCGUCGAAACAAUUGCCAAAGGACACCAACUCCGUCAUCACAUCAGUCGCCCCUUCUACCUCUGCAACUUCUUCUGUUGGCGCUCAGGUAAAGGCGGCUGAAGCACCUGUGCAGGCGCCUAUUAGAGAAAAGAACCAAGCCCAGACUGAGUUGGCUAGACAGCGAAUGCAAGAGCUCCAGCUGAAACUCCAGCGGAAAGCUCAACAAUCUAGCCAACCUGAAAUGAGAACUGCUGACGAAAACCAAGUCUCACUUCCUUCUGUACCCCCGACACCUCCGAAGAUGCAAUUUCCACUCCCUGUUCGCCCCCAAAGUCUCCAUUCUGCUGACUCCACAUCGAUCCCAGGGCUCUUCUUGACGGAAUCGAUGCAGGAACUGCAUUUGAAGGAACCAACUGUUGGUAUUCAACAACUACCCAUUAACACUACGCCCGUGUCCCGAACGUCUCAGCGUAAACGGCCGAUAGCAGCAGAUUUCGAUCAGCCAGCUCCCGCUUCGAAGAGGCAACUGGCAUUUACUCGCGAAGUCGGUCGUUCGAGUUCAGCGUCUCGUCUUGUCAUUGACAUCAGUGAUGACGAGUACUUUGAGGAUGACGAGGAGGGGUAUCCCAUGGAUUUGAGUCCACCUCCCGAGGGCCCUGAUGAAGGCAUGAAAUCAAACAACUCAAUAUCGCCUCCAGUGAAAGGAUCUCCUGCUUUGACUCCACAUGAAGUGGAGCUUGCGAACUUGCGCCGCAGGCUUGCGGAGGCUGAGAAGAGGCAGGAAGAGAAGAGACAGGAAGAGAAGAGGCAAGAAGAGAAGAGGCAAGAAGAGAAAAGGCAAGAAGAGAAGAGGCAAGAAGAGAAGAGGCAAGAAGAGAAGAGGCAAGAAGAGAAGAGGCAAGAAGAGAAGAAGCAAGAGGAGAAACUGGCUUUCCUGCGAGCUAGAAUACCUGCCACCUAUGCACCGCAUCCAUCGGCCAAAGCACCUGUUACUCCAUCAAAUGUCAAUUUAGGUUCGCUGAGUGACAAUGCGACCAACGAUCCUGAGCAGCCCGCCGUGGAGGUAACUCUUCAAUCGGUGCAGGAUGGUGUCGGUUUCAAACCUGCUUCCGUGCCAAAUGUUGCAAUCGAACAAGCUCCCACAGUCUCUGAGAAGCAAUCAACCUCGACUCACCCACUCGAAUCAACACCCGCACAAACCGAGACGCAGAUAACCCCAACAAUCCCGCCCCGCCUUCUCCCUGAGCAUCCUCUCCCUGAGCGACCAGAGUUACCCAUUUAUCAAAAGACCUUGUCGGAGAAAUCUGGUCAUGAGGAUAUUAAUGCCGAAGAACAUGGUUCUCAAUCAUCUGUGGAUCUGGAUGUGGCUAUGAAUCUCGAGUCUCAUAACACCGGAAAUCAGGCCAUCAUGGUUGAAGAAAAGUCUACAGAAUCGCUUAUGGAUAUGCCGUCAGAGUGUCGUGACACUGAAAUUCAAGUUGCCACCAUGACUCAGGAGCCGUCCGCAGAUUUGGAUACUGAUAUGGAUAUGGAUAUGGAUAUGGAUAUGGAUAUGGAUUCGGACUCAGAUUCAGAUUCUUACGACCCCGGAAACACUGACAGCAUGGUUGAAGAUCCAACCGCGAUUGGAUCAAGUGGCGACUCGGAUUCAGACUAUUAUGAGCCCGAACAGUACAUCGAGUCUGAAAGGGUAUUUGAUAGUUCUCGUGAUUCAUCCGCAGAUUCGGAUGCUUAUGAACCCCCGGAACCUGCCACUGGUUCAAAUGCUUACAAAUUUCAAAACAGCCAUAUUUCUUCAGAUGCUAAGACAGGGAAUCGUGUACCCUCGCCGGCCGGAUCCUUGCCCGAUCAACUAUCAAUGGACGCUUCCCUGGUGUCAAAUAAGUCACCAAAAUCUGAUCUUCAGCUCGGUGUAAUUAUUACAUUUCCAUGUCUAUCUAUUUUCAUUUUCAAGUACUAA